AUGGACAAUAACCUAGCUGCGACAUAUACCCUAAUCUACGCGUUUCUGAAAAAGCAACAGCAGCCAAAAGCCGCUGAAGCAGUGAAAAAGGCGGCCAAAGGGACCGUAGUCAUCAAGGAUGACAUAGAAUUAGAAGGUCUGCCUCUAGAAGAGAUUGUUAGAAAGUUUAAGGAGGUCAAGGAGGACUCGGAUUCUGACUCUUCAUCCUCGUCCGAUUCUGAUUCAAGCGCUGAAGAUUCGGACUCUUCGUCCUCAAGUUCUUCGAGCUCGAGUUCAGCAAGUUCCUCGAAAUCUAACCAAAACAUCAAGGACAAGAAGGCCAAGGCAACCUCGUCUACUACUUCUUCAUCCUCAUCCUCGUCGUCAUCAGAAUCUGACUCGGAUUCCGAUUCCGACACCUCUGUUGAAGCACCAAAACCAUCGUCUUCGCCGCCAAAGAAACCAACCAAGGCCUCUUCGCCUGCCUCUUCCUCUUCUUCCGACAGCUCCUCCGAUUCUGAUUCGAGCUCUGAUGACGAGAAGGCCUCUAGUUCUGAAUCUGAAAGUUCAAGCUCUGGUUCCGAGUCUGACGAUGAAUCCAGCGACUCUGCUUCAACAAAGGUUUCCCCUGCAAAGAAGAAGUUGACCAAGAAGAAGUCAGACGUCCAAAAGAGCGAACGCGACUCAAGCAAAACUCUAUCGUCAAAAGCGUCCUCGAGCUCGAGUGGUUCAGAGUCCGACAGCUCUAGCUCCGGCAGCGACUCGAGCGACUCCAGUGAUUCAAGUGACGAUGAUAAGCCCGAAAAGACCGCGAAAGCAAAGAAAGAGGAAUCCAGCAGCAGCAGCAGCAGUGAAAGCGACAGUGACAGUGACUCUGAUGAUUCCAGCGACGAUGAGAAGGAGGCCCCCAAAGUUGAAGAGAAGAAAGCAGACGAAGAUCAACAGCGAGUGACGAAGAAGAGAAAGACGGACGAGUCUGGUGCGGCUGUCGCGACUGCGACCGCGGAUGUCAGUCGGGAGGUUUCAGAGACUGCACCGAAUGGUAACGGCGAUGGUUCCAGCAAGAAGGGGGGGACGAAGAAGAAGGUCCAGGGAGAGCGAUUCAUGCGUGUAAAGCCUGACCAGUUCAAAGUGACGUUCGAUAAUCGUUACGAGGCCAAGCCUGGUUCUCUCUCGGAUUAUGGCCAAAAAGCCCAUCAAGACCUCAUUGUCACCCGCGGCGCAGGUUUCCGAAAGGAGAAGAAUAAGAAGAAGAGGGGAAGCUACAAAGGAGGAGAGAUCACUUUGCAAACAAACAGUUUCAAGUUCACAGAUUAA